UAACCAGUGUCGAGUGGUCGUGACGCAUUGAGUUAUCUCUCCUGACAGGCCGAGUCACGUGACUAGCGGAGAUGCUGCGCUAGGCACUAUUAUUCUAAGAAAUUACAUACAGAGGUUUGAGGUGCUCGAGAUUUAAAGAUGGGGAAAAAAGCACCGACUGUUACUUUGCUUCUAGGUAUUGCAGUUGUGCUCUGCGUAGUGGACUGUCAGAGACCCAAUACAUGGAAAGCUCCGUCUAAUCGCGCAAGAGAGAGGACGAAACUGUUUGAUUUCAGUCGACUGUUUAUGAACAGACAACCGCUUCAGACUAAACCGUCUACCUUCCCUGGGUCGUUCAGACAGCCAUCUAGCAGGACCAACGCUGAUCCGUUUUCUCGGUUCAUCACAACGCGCCAUCUGGCGGCAAGUGAUAAUUACUACCCACCGCCUGCACCACUGGGCCAGCCCGCCAGCUCUGUCCCUGCACACUUCUUCCCUCCCCACAUGCAGGAACCACCUGAAUCCGGCCCUAACGACGCGUUCAACUAUCAACAGCACCCUUGGGCCAUGCAGCCGUAUAUGCAGCAAUCUAGGCAAUCCCGGGUCCCUCCCCCUCCUCCCCAAGCUCCCUCCGGUGCUGCCUCCCCUUCCCCACCUCCGGCCCCGGUGGCUCCCCCGCAGCCAGUAGCACCGAAGCGGAUGAAUCCCUUUCAGCUGAUGACCCACACUGGACCGGGAGGAUUCGUCAUGUGUCGGCCAACUCCGGCGAUGCCGAGACUGUGUGACAUCAACGGGGAAAGCAACCUUAAUUACAGAUUAAUGGAUGUCAUAAAAGCUAUUCCAUCCAUGAAGAAAGUGCCGCAGUGUUAUCGUAACAUACCACGUGUACAGUGCAACUCCUAUCACGCCGCUCAGUAUAUUUGGCGGGAAGGCUUCUGUUACUGCAAAUACUACAAAAACAACGCACAUCUUUACGGAGGGCAGCAGCUGGAAUGCAUCCUCAAUGACUGUGGAGCGUGUACCCAAGAAUUCUACGUUGGAAACCAGCGCCUGAUUUGCGACUGAGGAAGACACAUUCCGCCUGAUAUUGCUUCUCAAUAUGGACGGGCAGCUGCCAUCUUUCUCCGCAGACUGUUGCAAGUCAGCCGAUCUCUGUUGUUACCAUGGUUACAUAUCAAUUCCUACAAAAACGAGGACUGACAAACAGAAAUGGUUAUGUUCAAUUUCAGAGAAAAUAAGUUUUAACGUUUAAAAAAAGGCUUCAAGAAAGAAAAAACCGAAAAGGAAACCAUAUUUAUGCUAGGCCUAUUCGAAUUAGUAUUGCUUUGCAUCAGUGCUAUUGCAUAUAUGUCCCACUUCGUAAAUAAAAACAAAACGAUAAACAAAUUACAUUCAAAGAAUAAAAUAAGUAUAUAUAGAGGAUUCGUCACGUGUAUUUUUUAAUAUGGAAAAUAUCAACCGAGUCAUUGUUAAUUGGUAUUUGUCGAGGCUCUGCACACAAACAGAUUAGUUUGACGUCACGCAUUUUAAACAAAUCUUUGAAAACGUUACGCUCAGGUACACGGGUCUUGCUGGCUUGUAAGCAAAUGACCCAUCCACAACACAUUAUCUAGAGACCUUGCAGAUUUGCAUAUCAUUAUUAACCGGGUAAAUAAAGUAAAUUAUCACAUGGGUUUAUGACAUGGAUAUUAUGGAUAAGUUAUAGAAUAAAUAUAUAUAUAUAUAUAUAUAUAUAUAUAUAAGAAAGAAAGGAAAAGAAAAACAUACCCCAAAAUGCUGUGUGAAAUAGAGAAGUACUCUGUUUUGAUUUUAAACAUUAUUUUUCAUUUUUAUUUAUCAUUUAAAAAAAAAUUCAAAAAAAUUCAUGAUGCUCCAAAUGUGGAAUGUCUACAAGAAACAAAAUUCUCUUAUCUUGUCUUAACCCGUUUUGAUUGUCAGACAUCGAUAUAUUAUGGUUAUGUAUUUUGACAUUUCCCCCAAUGUCAAAUACAAGUGUAUUUCCAUUGUAGUGUUAAUAAAACAAAACAAAACAAUGUGAAUUGUAUUUUAUGUUUCAAUAAAAUGAUUCAUGUAAAAAGA